AAUCCAAAGGCGGGGGGGGGCGGCUGCGUUUGCGUUGGCUCGCACCCGCGACCGCGUGUCCAUAAAUACGCUCGAACCCGAAAGCAUUCCAUCGUCUGUGCACAGCCGUUCCUCCUCGCUCCCUCCUCCGAUGGCAUCAAUCGCGAGCUCGGAAGCAGCAGUGACCGUCGACGUGCACGCCGGCAGAGGCCUGGUGGACGCCGGCCACAAGUACUUGGACGUCAGGACGCCAGAGGAGUUCAAGCGGGGCCAUCUGCAGAACGCCAUCAAUGUUCCUUACGUGUUCUUCACCCCACAAGGGAAGAAGAAGAACCCUGACUUUUUGGAACAAGUGUCGUUGACCUGUAACAAGGAUGAUCACAUACUCGUGGGAUGUCAAAGUGGAGCUCGAUCUAUCACAGCAACUGAGGAGCUUCUCAAAUCCGGUUUCAAGAAUGUGAAGAACAUGGGAGGAGGUUUUGCCGCCUGGGUUGAGAACGGACUUCCGGUGAAGUCUCUCCAAGAAGAGCUGUACUAGACCUGUCGAUUUCCCAUAAUGUAAGAUGUUGUGUGGCAAACACAUGGGAUGCUACUGUGAUGCUACUGUGGCGUUGACUAGGCUGUCAAUUUUUUCUGUGUCUGUGUGGCAAAGAUAAAGUCGAUAA